AUGCCAGCCGCAAUCCGCAAUCUGCGGAGUAACCCUCAUUUUCUAUUCGUUCGCCUGCCUAAGCUCCUAUCCCUCCUUUGCAUUGUCGUUGGCGUCGCCUGGCUCCUCCUCCUGCCUUUGAACGAAUACUCCCGACGUACCUAUAUCUCCGAGAAUGCGCUCCUGCCAGGACAGGUCCAUGCAUACUUCACGGGCAGCGAGCAGAACAUCUUCCGGGGAUACAAGAAGGAGCUAGAGGGGAUUCUAAAUGACGAAACAAAGGAUAGGGCGGAAGUGACCGCAGGGUAUGUCAGUCGAGGUGGUCACGCUGAGCAAUUGCUGAUACUUGACAGGGUCUCGGAUAAGGUCCAGUCCAUAUUCGAGGAGGCGGGACUUAAGUUCGCCAGACAGAAGUAUGAGUAUAACUCUGCUGGAAUUACACACCAGGGCGAGAAUUCAUAUGCUAUCAUUCACGCGCCACGCGGUGAUGCCACGGAGGCAAUUGUGUUAGUUGCACCGUGGUUGACGGCGGAUGAUAAAUUGAACCUGAACGGUGUAACUCUUGCCCUUACCUUGGCUAGAUAUUUCAAGAGAUGGUCGUUAUGGUCCAAGGAUAUCAUCUUCCUAAUCACCCCCGACAGCAAGACCGGAACUCAGGCUUGGAUUGACGCCUACCAUGAUAUGCACCCGGCUUCAGUGCAGCCUUUACCAUUGAAGAGUGGAGCCUUGCAAGGAGCCUUGGUCAUCGAAUAUCCCCUCGAACAUCGUUUCCAGACACUGCACAUUAUAUAUGACGGAGUCAAUGGCCAGCUUCCCAACCUCGAUUUAUUCAACACUGCUGUUUCCAUUGCAGGUGGGCAGAUGGGCAUCGGUGCUAAUCUACAGGAAAUGUGGAACCACGAUGACAGCUACGAGAAUCGUCUGCAAACCAUGGUCCGUGGCAUGACCAAGCAGGGCCUCGGUUACGCAACCGGUGCUCACAGCAGUUUUAUGCCGUAUCACAUCGAUGCUAUCACCCUCCAAACCAAAGGCGAGGGAUGGGAAGAUGAAAUGGCCCUAGGCCGCACUAUCGAAUCUCUCUGUCGCAGUCUGAACAACCUGCUGGAGCACCUACACCAGAGCUUCUUCUUCUACUUGCUCAUGCAGUCGAACCGGUUUGUCAGUAUUGGAACUUACCUGCCCAGUGCCAUGCUGCUCGCUGGGAACUUCAGCAUCAUGGCAAUUGCGCUGUGGAUGCGCACGGGAUACUACCCAGAGACCAAGUCCGUUCAGACCAAGGGCGACAAGGCAUCUGCGGAAGAGAAGACAAAGACGAGCAACAUUGCUGAGCGAAAACUGGCCCUUCCUCUUUCUCUGGUGGUUGGACUUCAUCUCCUAGGUCUUGUGCCACUUUGGGUCUUUAACAACGUCUCUCAUCAAUACUUCACCACGAUUACAUUCGUUGUACUUGGCGUGGAUAUCAUUCUCCCGCUAUCUCUCGCCGCAAUCUUGUCAAAUGGUCUGGGUCUAUCAAAGCCACUCAUCCCCCAACAAUACCACCUUAUCAAAUCAUUCUCCCUCCUCCUCCUCGGCCUCUCCCUCUCAACCCUUGCCACCCUCAACUUCUCUCUUUCAUUCAUGAUUGGUCUGCUCUGCACGCCACUCAGCUUCAUGACCCGUCUGCAGGGGGCUGCGCCUGCCCGUCUUGCUACCUCCGGCCUAGGCUUGGCCCUUCUCAAUCUUCUCUCCCCGCCGACUGUCCUCCUAGGCGUCUGUUGGUACACCGGCGUCUCGGUUGAGACGGUGCUCACCGAGGCAGCCUUUGGCUGGGAUGUUUGGGGCAUGUGGACACAGGUUGUCGUCUGGUGUGUGUGGUGGCCUGCUUGGUUGACUGGUGGAGUCUUGCUUGGGUCCUCAAUUUUCUGA